UUACAAAAAAUCGGUCAAUGCUUCGGUUCCCAUAUGAGAAGAAACGCGGUGUAAAUUACAAUUUACAACGAAUUCCGGCAGCUCUCAAUUUGCCGCCUUUUGCUCUUCGCGCCUUCCCCCGCCCCAAUUGAAUCUACUUUCUCAACGUCCACGCGAUCGUCAGCUCGUUUCUCAUACGCCCUAAUUUGCAGAAUCACAAGCUAAAUCUGCUCCCACUCAGUUGUAGUAUGUGAGCUCUUAUUGCUGUCUCAAACUGGUAGCUCGGAGCACGGCUCUUCUGUUUUCAAGCUGUUCGGAAGCUUGACGUUUCCGGGUGCAAGUGAAUUCGUGUGGGAAUUCAAGCCGAUUUACGACUGAACCCUACAAUAUAGAUUUGACUGAAAUUGAGUACUCUACGAUUGCAAGAUGCACAUAAAGCAGGUUAUUAUUGAAGGGUUUAAGAGCUACAGAGAACAAGUUGCCACCGAACCUUUCAGUUCAAAAAUAAACUGUGUUGUCGGUGCAAAUGGAUCUGGCAAGACUAACUUUUUCCAUGCUAUACGGUUUGUGUUGAGUGACCUCUUCCAAAAUUUGCGGAGCGAAGAGAGGCAUGCUUUGCUCCACGAAGGUGCAGGGCACCAAGUUUUAACUGCUUUUGUGGAAAUUGUGUUUGAUAAUACUGAUAACCGUAUACCAGUAGACAAGGAAGAGGUGUGCUUGCGUCGAACGAUUGGGCUGAAAAAGGAUGAGUAUUUCUUAGACGGGAAGCAUAUUACGAAAACAGAAGUUAUGAAUUUAUUGGAAAGUGCUGGAUUUUCUCGCUCAAAUCCUUACUAUGUCGUGCAGCAAGGAAAGAUAGCAUCAUUGACAUUGAUGAAGGACUCUGAGCGAUUGGAUUUACUCAAGGAAAUUGGUGGUACUCGAGUUUAUGAGGAGAGAAGACGGGAAAGUUUGAAAAUAAUGCAUGAAACUAGCAAUAAAAGAAAGCAGAUAAUUCAAGUUGUUCAGUAUCUUGAUGAGAGAUUGAAAGAACUUGAUGAAGAAAAAGAAGAACUUAGAAAAUAUCAACAGCUGGAUAAGCAGCGAAAAUCCCUAGAGUAUACUAUUUAUGACAAAGAACUUCAUGAUGCUCGUCAGAAACUUCUGGAGGUAGAUGAAGCUCGAGCCAAGGUUUCGGAAACAUCCACUAAAAUGUACAAUAGUGUUCUGGAUGCUCAUGAAAGAUCCAAGGACUUUGACAAAAAAUUGAAAGACUUGACCAAGGAAAUUCAAGGUUUAGUUAAAGAGAAAGAGGCAGUGGAGAAGAGGCGAACAGAAGCUAUAAAAAAGCACACGGAGCUUGAACUUGAUGUUAAAGACCUUGAAGAGAAAAUUUCUGGAAACAUGAGGGCUAAGGAGGAUGCAGGGAGGCAGCUUCAGAUGCUACAAAGAGAAAUCCAAGAUUCUUCUGACGAGCUUGACAAAAUAAGUCCAAUUUACGAUAAUCAAGUCAUAGAGGAGAAGGAAAUAUCAAAAGGAAUAAUGGAGCGGGAAAAGCAGCUUAGUAUUCUCUAUCAAAAACAAGGUCGUGCCACCCAGUUUGCAAGUAAAGCUGCUCGUGAUAGGUGGCUUCAGAAGGAAAUUGAUGAAUAUGAACGAGUGUUAUCAUCAAAUAUGGGGCAGGAACAAAAGCUUCAGGAUGAAAUUGAUAAGCUUAAUGCUGAGCUACAUGAGCGAGAUGCCUAUAUUGAGAGGCGCAAAAUGGACAUUGCAACUAUGCAGUCCCACAUAUCUGAGUCAUCCCAUGGGUUCAAUACCUUCAGAGCACAGAGAGACAAGCUACAGGAUGAGCGGAAGUCGUUGUGGAGCAAGGAAAGUGAACUUGUUGCUGAAAUUGAUAGGUUGAAAGCUGAAGUUGAGAAGGCAGAAAAAAGUCUUGAUCAUGCUACGCCUGGUGAUGUAAGAAGGGGACUCAAUUCUGUUCGGAGGAUCUGUAAGGAGUACAAAAUUUCUGGGGUGCAUGGUCCAAUUAUUGAGUUGCUCGAUUGUGAUGACAAAUUUUUUACUGCUGUUGAAGUUACUGCUGGAAACAGCCUAUUUCAUGUGGUGGUGGAAAAUGAUGAAAUAUCAACCCAGAUUAUACGGCACCUUAAUUCUCUGAAAGGCGGAAGGGUUACUUUUAUACCACUCAACAGGGUGAAAGCUCCGCAAAUUACUUAUCCACAGAGUUCUGACGUGAUACCGCUGUUAAAGAAAUUAAAGUUCUCUUCCAAUUAUGCACCAGCUUUUUCUCAGGUGUUUGCUAGAACGGUGAUUUGUCGAGAUUUAGAUGUUGCCACAAAAGUUGCUCGUACCGAUGGUUUGGACUGUAUAACUUUGGAGGGUGACCAAGUUAGUAAAAAAGGUGGUAUGACAGGGGGAUUUUAUGAUCACCGACGUUCAAAAUUGAAGUUUAUGAAUAUAAUUAUGUUAAAUACCAAAGCCAUUAACAUGAAGGAAGAUGACCUGGCAAAAGUUAGAUCAGCACUUCAAGAGAUAGACAGAAAAAUUACUGAACUUGUUUCAGAGCAGCAGAAAAUUGAUGCCAAGCAGGGUCAUGAUAAAUCGGAAUUGGAACAGCUUAAGCAAGACAUUGCUAAUGCUCAAAAGCAGAAACAAUCAAUAUCCAAGGCUCUUCUGAAUAAGGAAAAAUCGCUUGCAGAUGUUCGUAAUCAGAUUGAUCAGCUUAGAGGUAAUAUGGCCGUGAAACAAGCUGAAAUGGGCACUGAUCUCAUUGAUCAUUUGACACCAGAGGAAAAAAAUCUUCUAUCACGAUUGAACCCUGAAAUAUCAGAGCUGAAAGAGAAGCUUAUUGCAUGCAAGACAGAUCGUAUUGAGACUGAAACAAGGAAAGCAGAGCUUGAGACGAAUCUAACAACUAACCUCAAGCGGCGGAAACAAGAGUUAGAAGCUAUAAUAUCAUCUGCAGAAGCAGACUCUUUACUGGGAGAAGCAGAUUUGAAGAGACAGGAACUGAAAGAUGCCAAGUUCUUGGUAGAAGAAACGACUCAACAGCUUAAAAGAGUUUCUGAAAAUAUGGACGAGAGAUCUAAGGAAGUCAAGAAGAUUAAAGACGAAAAGAAUAAACUAAAGACUUUAGAGGACAACUACGAGAGGACACUUCAGGACGAAGCUAAAGAAUUAGAGCAACUACUAAGCAAAAGAAAUGUUCUUCUUGCUAAAGAAGAAGAGUAUUCAAAGAAAAUUGGAGAGCUGGGGCUACUGUCAUCUGAUGCUUUUGAAACGUAUAAGAGGAGGAACGUCAAGGAACUGUAUAAAAUGUUGCACAGAUGCAAUGAACAACUGCAGCAAUUCAGCCACGUUAAUAAGAAAGCAUUGGAUCAGUAUGUGAAUUUCACAGAACAAAGGGAAGAGCUUCAGAAAAGACAAGCUGAAUUAGAUGCAGGUGAUGAGAAAAUUCAAGAGCUCAUAGGAGUCUUAGAUCAAAGGAAGGAUGAAUCAAUUGAACGUACAUUCAAAGGAGUUGCAAAGCACUUUCGAGAAGUUUUCUCAGAGCUUGUUCAAGGUGGCCAUGGGUAUCUAGUUAUGAUGAAGAAAAAGGAUGGUGAUCAUGCUGAUGAUGAUCCUGAUGAAGCUGCACCUCCAGAAGCAGAUACUGGGGGCAGGGUUGAGAAAUACAUCGGAGUGAAAGUGAAGGUUUCUUUUACUGGGCAAGGAGAGACACAGUCCAUGAAGCAGUUGUCUGGGGGACAAAAAACUGUUGUUGCUCUAACCCUUAUCUUUGCCAUACAACGAUGUGAUCCUGCUCCGUUUUACCUGUUUGAUGAGAUAGAUGCUGCAUUGGAUCCACAGUAUAGAACUGCAGUCGGAAAUAUGAUUCGUAGGCUAGCAGACAUGGCGAAUACUCAAUUUAUAACAACUACAUUUAGGCCAGAGCUUGUGAAGGUUGCCGACAAGAUAUAUGGUGUUACCCAUAAAAAUAGGGUGAGCCGUGUGAAUGUUGUCACCAAGGAAGAUGCCCUGGACUUUAUUGAGCAUGACCAAUCUCACAAUAACUAAGGUGGCUAAAGAUCCCCUGAGGCAUUGGUUGUAUUGUAAUGUGUGAAUGGAAAUACUGGGCACCGCUCUACUCAUUGGCAUGUUAGAAAAAAGGUAUGAAACUUUAGGGUGAACUUCACUAUAAUAGUACUUUUGGGUAUUUAUGUGUCUCCGAAGUGUUGGUAGCUGUAAUUAGAGAAACAUUGACUGGAAUGGUUGUGUGGUCUGGUAGCCGAUGUUGGUCGUUGAUUGAUAUCUAUUUAGUCUUCUUCGCCAUGCCAUUCUACGUCUGCUGCAAAGCUCAUUCAAACCCAUCUCUAAUAGAUAAUAGAUAGUGGCUAUUUUCCUUUC